AUGAUGAGAGUCCUGAGAUCCCUUCUGCUGCUGCUCGUAGCACCACAGGCGGUUGCCUUUGGUCCAACCACUGCGGGAGCACUCGGCCGCUCCAAGACGUCGCUCUUUGUGGAUGCGACCGUCAACGGUGCCAUUGGUCGUUCUCGCGAGAAGAAGGAGAUUGAUCAGGCUGCCACCAUUCGAGUGGGAGAAGCCUUGCCUGCAGACAUCGAUGUGAUUGUCUGUGGCACCACCAGUGAAGAGGAAGACGACAAUGCUGCAGCGAUGAGUAUCCGCGAUGCCGUCGGAAACGGCAAGGCCGUUCUAGUGGGCAUGCCGGGAGCCUUCACGCCUACUUGUACAGAACAGCAUCUUCCCGGAUACGUAGAGAAAAUGUCACAAUUCUCUUCCUUGGGAUACGAUUCCGUAGCCGUGCUCACAACGAACGACCGGUAUGUAAAUGACAUGUGGGCCAAGAGCGUUGUCGGCGACUCGGACUCUCCACUUCAGAUCUUGUCGGAUGGCGACGGAGAUUUGGUGCGAAUGUUGGGUUUGAGCGAAGAUAUGGGCUUUGGAGUUGGAGUCCGUUCCAAGCGAUUUGCCCUUGUCCUGGAGAAUGGCACGGUUACCCAAGUCCUGGCGGACGAAGGACUGAGCAGCUGCAGUGCCACCUCGGCCGAAAACGUUCUGAAAGUUCUUUCGGGAGGAGCUUCUGUUGCUUCUGCGGAUGAUGAUUCGAACCAGGCGGCAGUAGCUGUCCUCCUCUUGGCUAUUGCAGCGGGGGCAGCAGCAACCAUGGGUGGCGUGGACAUGGGUAGUUUCCAAAUGCCCUCUUUCCCAACUCCUUAA